AUGUCCAACAAACCCCUGACCAUCGCCAUUGGCUGCGACGACGCCGGCUGCGGCUACAAGAACAAGAUCAAGGCCGACUUCGAGAACGACCCCCGCGUCGAGAAGGUCAUCGAUGUCGGUGUCAACAGCAGCGACGACAAGACCGCAUACCCACACCCUGCUGUCGACGCUUCAAAGCUCGUAGCAGAAGGAAAAGCCGACCGCGCACUUUUGAUCUGCGGAACUGGUCUCGGUGUCGCCAUUUCGGCGAACAAGGUCCCUGGCAUCCGUGCCGUUACUGCUCACGAUAGCUUCUCUGUUGANAGAGCAAUCCUGAGCAACAAUGCUCAGGUCCUGUGUAUGGGCGAGAGAGUUGUCGGUGUUGAGGUUGCAAGGAGGUUAGCCAAAGAGUGGCUAGGCUACAAGUUUGACGAGCAGAGUGCGAGUGCAAAGAAGGUUGAUGCCAUCAUGGAGCACGAGAGGAAGAACUACCAAGGUGCGCAACAUGUUGAGAACAUUGCUUUGGGCAAGGCUGCGUGA